CCUCGACCUCUGUAAACAAUUCAACAGGCGCAAUGAUAAACGCUCGGUUACACUGUAAAGCCAUAUGGAUACAACUAAUACGGAUACAACAACAAUAAUAACAACAACAACAAAACAUUCAAGGUUGACAACCUAAUAAAUGAACUGCUAGUCCCAUUCGGUCCCGGCAGACGCCAGACACAAUAAAGGAGACCAAAUACAGCAUCUUCACUCUGUAUUCCGCCAACAUCACUGAUGGAUCCCGUGGUCCGACUAGGCAAAAACAACUUCGGGGAGGAAGAGGAUGGAUUUUAUGCUAUCAAGGGUGAUAGAAAGACGCGAAAACCUUUAGUGGAGAAGAAGAGACGAGCCCGCAUCAAUGAAAGCCUGCAUGAGCUCAGGACACUACUGGAAGAUAACGAUCUGCAGACUAAAAUGGAGAACGCAGAGGUACUUGAAUUGACAGUGAAACGAGUUGAAAACAUCUUACAGAACCGUUCACAUGAAGCUGAAACUAUGAAUCAUGAGGCCAGUGAGAGAUUUGCUGCAGGUUAUAUCCAGUGCAUGCAUGAGGUGCACACCUUUGUGUCCACAUGUCCCGGGGUUGAUGCCACCGUGGCUGCAGAGCUGCUCAAUCACCUGCUGGAGUGCAUGCCAUUAAAUGAAAAUCAUGUUCAGGAAAUGAUCAUGGAUCUCUUAUCAGAGUCCCCUAACUCUAGUGGAUCAUGGGCAGCUGGAGAGGCCCUGAGCCCAGGAGGCUGCAGUGUGUCUUCAGUAUUGUCCCCAAACCCUUCCAGUGAGGAUCUUUGCUCCGACUCGGAAGAGACGGAAAUCGAAGGGAGCCCAGCAUCAGCUGAGGAGAGCCUGAACUCCUCCAUUACACAUGGCAAGUUUAUGUGGAGGCCAUGGUAGGAACACUUGGCAAAGGACCCUCUUCAAUAUCGUCAAUAUUUUUUAUAUUUCACUUAUUUCUGUGUGGAAACAUUGAGGAAUUCUAUUGAAAUUUCACGAGAAAAUGUUAAGAGCUUCAGGAUUUUACAGCCACAUGCUGAUAUGGUGGGAUAUAGCAUUAUACAAUGGAUCUAUACAGAAUACAUGCGUACGAUGACAUUUACCUUGGAUAACUACAUAUUUAUACCUGACUGUUCAAGCAUGUUUUCAAGAAGUGGUAUGUCCUAAAGCUCUUUAAGAAAUCUAGUUAUUUUAGAAAUCUGGUUCUGGAUUGAUUUGCCUUUCAAAGUCAACUGCAAUGGCUUUUACCAUUGAGACAAGUAAAAUGUAAAAGAAAUCAUGUUUGUAUUGUUGUAGACCUAGUUAUGCACUAGAAAGGCGCAGAUAUUGU